AUGGUAAUCAGAGUCUCGAACGACGUGCUCGUCGUGCCCCCGUUCGACUGCGCGUGGCUCUCGAGCCCUGACGCGGAGAGCCUGACCACCGCGAGCUCCGAGGGUGGCGAAGGCAUCGUGGUGUCCUUCGACGCCAAGGCUGACAGCGACGUCACCGUGAUCCUCAAAGGUCGCCGCACGUCCAAGUCGGAGUUGGACUCGAGGCCCGCGCGGCGGCUCGACCACUGGUCGGGGCGACAGGACGACCCGGCCAAGGUCGACGCGUCAACCUACCUCGUCAUAAUCGGCAGCCAUCGCAACUCCGCGUGCGUCAUCGAGAAGAACGGGCGCGUCGUGGAGCUCGCGAAAGGGCCGGCCGUGCCGCUGCUUCCCGCGCGAGGCCGCGAUGCGUUCACCAGGUGCUUCGUCAGCUGGUACCCCAAGCGCGGCGCGCUCGUCGUGGGCGUCGGGGAACACCUCCGGCACGCGUGGGUCGACCCGGAACCGCACACCGACCCCAUCUGCGAGAUCGGCCUGUCCACCUGGGACGACUACGCGCAGUAUCGAGACAUCGAGGUGAGGGCGCUGGACCCCGAUGGCGGAUCCAGGGUCAACUCGUGGUCCGCGACGCCCGCGGACUCGCCGCGCGGAGGCCGCCGCCCCGCGCCGCCCCCCGCGGUUGCGGACGUCGAGAACCUCCGCGGGGCGACGAGGUGCGCGAGGUGUUGCCGCACGUUCGGUUCCCCACGCUGA